UCUCCUUUAUUUUAACCAAUGUUUCACCAUGAUUAAUCAAAAGUCUGACAGACCACUCGACUAAUCUAAUCUUGACAUAACCUUUAUUUUCCCACUUUUUAUUUCUCACCAUUUUAUAUAAAAAAAAACUUUUUUCCCUCGAUAAAUAAAGAAAUGCGGGAAGAAGGCGAAGACUGAAGAGAGAAGGUUGUGGCCCAUAACUCCAAAGUUUUUGUCAUUUUCUCUCCGCCUCUUCUCUCACAGAGACAGAGAGAGCAAGCAGAGAGAAGUCACACUGCCCAUGUCUCCAGAGCUACUGCUCCUCUUCCUCCAACAACAACAGCAACGACAAACAACACCUUCCUCUCCUCUUCCCCUUCCUCCAAACGCCACCGACUCCUCUCCGCCCAAGGAACACCACCGCCGCCACUAGUUAACUCUUCCUUCCUCGCCGCAUUCCGAUCUUCGGAUCCGCAUUUCAUCAAGCUUUCCUCCAGCCUCCGCCGUUCAGGGAAAGCAAAGUGUUUAAUAGCAUGGAGCAGUACGAAGUACUAGAACAGAUAGGAAAGGGGUCAUUUGGCUCUGCUCUUCUUGUGAGGCACAGGCAUGAAAAGAAGAAGUAUGUGUUGAAGAAGAUCCGCCUUGCUCGUCAAACUGAUAGAUCACGGCGAUCAGCUCAUCAAGAGAUGGAGCUGAUUUCUAGAAUACGAAAUCCUUUCAUUGUAGAGUACAAAGACUCCUGGGUUGAAAAGGGUUGCUAUGUAUGCAUUAUCAUAGGUUAUUGUGAAGGAGGAGACAUGGCUGACGCUAUAAAGAAAGCCAAUGGUGUUCUUUUCUCUGAAGAGAGACUAUGCAAGUGGAUUGUUCAACUUCUCAUGGCGCUCGACUACUUGCACAUGAAUCACAUUCUCCAUCGCGAUGUCAAGUGUUCCAAUAUAUUUUUGACAAAAGAUCAAGACAUUCGUCUAGGUGACUUCGGACUUGCAAAGAUUUUGACCUCGGAUGACCUGGCUUCAUCUGUUGUGGGAACUCCAAGUUAUAUGUGCCCCGAGCUUCUCGCUGAUAUACCUUAUGGUUCAAAAUCUGAUAUUUGGUCUCUAGGUUGCUGUAUAUAUGAAAUGAGCUCUCAUAAGGCUGCAUUCAGAGCAUUUGAUAUGCAAGCCCUGAUUAACAAAAUAAACAAGUCGAUCGUGUCUCCACUUCCAACCAAAUACUCCGGUGCUUUUCGAAGUCUUGUCAAAAGCAUGUUGCGGAAGAACCCAGAACUGCGACCAACGGCUGCAGACCUGCUGAGGCAUCCACAUCUUCGACCAUAUGUCCACAAGAUCCAUGUGAAGAUCAACAGCCCCAGAGGUGAUACAUUGCCCUACCAAUGGCCCGACAACAACUACAUGAAGACGAGAUUCUUGGACACUGUAAUGGCUCCCAACACUUACUCUGAGAAACGGCAUUCUUACUGCAACAACAGGAUGUUGAACCCCAGCAUAUCAGCAACAGACCAAGACUCUGUUUAUUCCACCAAAGGAAUCCAUGAUAUGCCAAGUUACUUGAACCGGAGGAUGUCGGACAUCUCUCUCGCGAGCAGCCGUGCAACGGUGAUCUGUAAGCCCAUCAUUUCAAAGCCUUCGAGUGUCACCAAAGCUCGGAAGGUCGCUGCUGCUUCCAGAGCUUCUGCUGCUCCUAAGAGACAACCGGAUCAUGCGAGGAAACGAGAAUCGUUCCCUGUCGCAUCCACACAGACCAAAAACUCGAUCGUAACAAGCCGCAGAGCAUCUCUGCCGAUGGUAACGAAAGCUACCACUACCCGACAAGAUCCUGCUUGCCGGUCCAACGUCGGCAUCCUCCAAAGCUUGAAAUCUCCAGACGUCUCCGUCAAUGCUCCCAGGAUUGACAGGAUAGCAGAAUUCCCAUUGGCUCCAUACGAAGAGUCGACAUUCUUCCCCGCCCAAAGAACUUCGUCGACUUCUGCACAAGGUUCUUGCGGCUCACCACCUCGAUGUUCGAUCACCAAGGACAAAUGCACGACGGUCUCCAACUACUCUGCUGCAGCCAAGCAGCCUCCCGCCGGCUUGGCCGAUGCAUGGCAAGGCAUCCACUUCAGCAUGUUCGGCAAGCAGAAACAGCAGGGAGUGGAUCAUGAAGACGACCGCGGGAGCAAUAACUCCUCGUUGUCCAACCAGAACGCGACAGCUGGAGGAGCAUCUAGCCGGACUUCGUCAGAGACCAGACGACGAAGGUUCGACACGUCGUCAUACAGGCAGCGCGCUGAGGCCCUGGAAGGGUUGCUCGAGUUCAGCGCCAGGCUGUUGAAUGAUGAGAGGUACGAUGAGCUUGGCGUGCUGCUGAAGCCGUUUGGGCCGGGCAAGGUUUCUCCCAGAGAGACUGCUAUUUGGCUCACCAAGAGUAUCAAGGAGAAUACUACUGCCAAAGUUGAAGAUUUAUGAUGUUUCUUCCACUGCUACUACGCUUUCUUAGCUCUUUUUCUUGUAACUAUGAGCUGACGUAACACUCAGUCCAGAUGAUAGGCUGUACGAAGUAGCUCUCUCUCUUUCCUUCUCCUUCUGUCUAUUUUUCCACGGUUAACGUAGUAAGUUUUCUUGUUCGUGUAGCAAACUUGCACUACUUUAUCCAAUUCAGAUGAGCUCCGGCAAUCUGUGGCUCGUCGGAACUUGGCGACGAUGAUGACUCCGAUUCUCAGUGUCUUGUUAGUUUUUACUCACAAGUAGACUAAUUCCCAAGCCGUAGUGGUUAAUAUUUUAGUCAUUGAGCUUCAUAGUUCAUAGUCAGUGUAUUUAUUUU